UGAACAUGCUGAGAACAGCGCCAUCUAGUGAGGUUUUGAGUUGCUCACUUCAGGCUUGUCAAAUAUGAUGAUGGACUUCACAUCAGGGGAACAAAGACGAGUUCUUGUGAAAUGCAUAACAACUACAGUUCAUUGGCAAUGAAAAUCUUCUAUCUCAGAUUAUUGAAUAUGUAUAAAAAAAGAGGAAAAUCACACAAGUAGUUUUUAACAUUAGGAUUAUUUAAAAUCCUGACUUUGGGCCUGAAGUGAUGAACAAUCCCACAAAUCAUCAACACUAUCAGUAGCUAUGUGUGAUUGUUAGUGUAGGUACUAUAUUAAUAUGGAUCCCAAUUUAUCCACGGCAACGGAUGCAUUUCCGUUUGCAAUUUAGAAUAUGUUUUAAACACUUGUAUACCAGGCGGUAUUGCUACUUACUAAUUUUGAGGAGUUUUGCCAUUUUAAUGUUUGACAAAGACAGCAACACUGCACAUAACUGAGUUUAUAAGGUCCACCUAUCUAAAACUAAUGCAGUCUAAAACAGUUAUAAAUCAUAGUUUUAUAAAGGUGUUGAUUCAACUAUAUGGUUAGUUUGGAGAAUGUAGUUGAUGGUGCUGAUGAGUUGUUUAUACUGGUGUUUUUUAAUAUUUAGUACUCUCGUAUAUGAAAGACAUUAUAAAUGGGUUGGACACAAUAUUACAUGUGGCUGUUUUAGCCCGGUGUACCUAAUAAACUGCCAACUGAGUGUAUGUUUCUCCUGUGUUAUUCUGAAACAGUAGUAGGCAGCAUAUUCAACACAUUAUGUAGGAAAUUGCAGCAGCACAGCAAAGGGAGGCGUUAUUUUAUUGUGGCUGCUGUCUGGAAACACAAGCGGCCGUGUCUCAUUGUUGGGCUUUCAUCAACAUUUCUAACUAUUAUCAGCUGGAGAGUAAUGAAAUAUUGUGAUGUCUUUUUCAUACCUUUUUUAAGCUGGUCUUUCAUUUGUCUGGAUCUGAUUCACAUGAUGUAAUGUUGACCUCGAUUAAUAUGUCAGUGGGAUUCAAACAGUAAUAAGAACAGUCCAUUUCUAAAGCGAAGAGACAUCUGUGACUUUGUGAACCCGGAGAGAAAUGAUUUGUACUUCUGUCUGUGUGGUUUAAUCUCUAAUUUGAAGUUUGAAUAAAUCUGAUGGUCUAGUUCUUAAACAGGCCAGUGGGUUGUAUUUAAUAACAAAUUUAGUGGGUAUAUAUAUUUCAAAGUUUGUUGGAAAUAUUUAUAGUAAGGAAUUCACCAAAGCCCUUUUUUUGGACUUGUUCUACUUGCCUCCUCUGUCCUCCUCUCCAGACUGAGUCUACUUUAAAAGAUUCUCUCUGGUCAUGUUUUACAACAUAACCAAACAUCUGCAAUAUUACAACAUAAUAAUCAGUUCUUGUCAGAUGUUCCCAACAUUGUGAAGACUAUUACCAGUUCUCCACCUGGGCAUUGAGAUUCACUACUGUACAGUGUGUGUUUCCCAUUUGGUAUUUUGUGAAUAGAAAUCCCACGAUGGUGUUAAAAUCAUUCAAACUACACAUGUAGUUCAUGACAACAAGAAAAGCAUGGAACAUAACAUGUACACUCAGUGGCCAGUUGGUUAUGUACUCAUAGCUAAAACUAAUAUUUAGUCUAUCCUCAUUGACAUAAAAGGGUUGGACAAAAUACAUGACACUAUGGCACAACAUAGUUCAACAGCACAAACAAUCCAAAAUGACCUUAAAGCUGACUCGACCCUUGUUACAACUGUUUAAAAACUGCAUUGGUUUUACUGUAGGUGUACUGAAAAAAACUGUCAACUGAGUGCAAAUCUGCCAUGUGAUCUGAGAUGGCGUCCUACACUUGGUGAUAAUCGGGCCUGCAAACAUAAUGGAGAGUGAUGACUGGAGCGUGCUAAAUAGGGCACAGAGUGUGAACUUCUAAUCUGUGUAGUUCAUGAUCAGGAGACUGACAGCUUGAAGUAAUGACGCCAAGACACAGAUUGUUUGGAUCUCCGUAGGAACAUUUCUGAAGGACAAGUAGCUUUUUUUCUUACUUCUAUUGUAUUCAAUUCAUUCAUUUUACCAUCCCAUGUUGUUUGACCACUGAUGAAAAUAAAUGAAAUAGGUGAAAGAAAAAUCGUAUCUGUUGCAUACAGUACCAGACUCUUGACCUGUGAUAGAUUAACAUUUAUAUUAGUUUAUUACUGUAUCGUGAGAAAUUAUUACAGCAGAAACAAACUGUUCACUAUCCUCUUCCUUAUUGCAUUAGGCCAUAUUAAAUUGCUGCGUGGUUUGUAUUGAAUCAUACAACAGUAAUGCAAACAGCUGUCAACAACCUUUCACCAAAUUAAUUUGCAGUAUUGGUCUUUGCCAGGAAGGAUUUCAUCUCUUUUCUACCCGACUGGAAAUGUCUUCUUUGGGGAAUGAAAAUGAAACACUGCAGACACAGAGUAUUAAUACAUCUGCCAUAAUAACGUGAGUAGUUGGCCAAACAGGUUGUACCUCGAUGUAUUAUCAUCACAGUAAGUAAUGAAGGUUGAAACAAAUCCCCCAUUAACAAGGAAAGUAUUGGACAUUAUUCACAUUGACUUCUCUCCUCAAGCUGUAGGUUCAAAAGUUGAUCAGAAGAUGUGGGGGUGUAAAUUAGGACACAAUAAAUUCUUCAGUUUAUUGGAGAUGUUUCAACCCAUUAGGACUACCAUGGAUAAAACACGUUCUCUAUAGUAGGUCACUGGAGAAAUUAAGGCAGUAUAUUGUCAAAACAAUUUUUGUUAUAUAACCCAAUAUUACAGAUUUUCCUCAAUGCGCUUUAUAAUCUGUACAGAACACCCUCUAUUCUAAGACCCUCGAUUCUCAAAAGGAAAAACUCCCCCCAAAAACCCAUUUUAAAAGAGUAGGCUACAUGACUGAUUUAAAUAAUGUAAAUAGUGUUAAAUCACUGGCACUACACACAACACGUGGGUAUUUGUCAGCACAGCUCUUGAUACUUGAUAAAUAUACGAUAGUAGUCAAACUAAAGAGUUGUGGGCUCGUCUGGGAUUUGAACCAGUUCUGAGACCAUUGAGUAUUAUGACCACUUGUAGGCUGGUGUUAUUAUAUCGCAAUGUGUCUUUAAAGCUUAAAACUAUAUUAAUAAUAUAAUAAACACAAGUUUUCUGGCAGAUUAUGAGACGAUUAUUGUUUCUUCAGUGUGCAGGGCCUGUCGACAAACAAUUGUUAGAUGCAUAAAGAUCUGAUCUUUAUUCUCUGGCGUGUCGCUUUCUCUAAGCGAGUGAACUAUCAACUCCAGGGCUGGAUCGCAUCCUUGAAUCCUCCUCUUCCAGCUGCCCUGGGCGGGGUGAGCGCAUGUACCGUCCAGGCUCGUAUGGCAACCCGAUGGAUCAGCCCAUCGAUAUUCACCUUAUUAGAAAGCGGGAGGCUGAUGGAUCAGUGAUGUCAGCGCUCUUUGAACGCCGGUGCUGGCUGCGUGCAUGUGUGUCAUCACCUCGCACUGACAGAGAGCUCAGAUAUUUUGGGGAGGUGGAGAUCAUGCUUUGUCAUUGAGGAACUCAGCAGCAGCGUUCUCCCACUCCGGCACGUCCGACGCUCAGCAUGCUGCAUCCUGAUGCGCUCUCGUCUGCACGCUGUGGGCUUACCUGGAUUUACACGCGUUUCCCGUUUACCGCUUUCACAUGACCUUCGGAAUUGAAGCGGCCACGUAUAUCGUUGACGCAUCUCAAUGUUUGAACCGGGGGAGAGAGGCACGUCCCAAGUGUCAAAUAAUAUACAACCUGUCCUGCGGAUGCGCCGUCACUGUUUGCCUCCAGUGGCACCCUUACGAGAUUCAUGAUUCAUCCCUCUGUUUUCACGGGCUGUCCUUAGAGCGCAUCUCUUCUCUUUCUUCAAAAUGGAAAUAUUCCAGUCUUCCAUGCGCAAACGGCUGUACAGCUUGCCGCAAAACAUUGGGCAAAAAGCCAUCGUGAUUGACGAAGGAGACAACGGCGACAAGGACACUAAGAGGAAAAGUAUUCGGCUAAAACAUUUCUCCUUUCCGUCUCCUGCAAGCAGUUGCAAGAGUAUUGAGGAGGCCAGGAGCGAAGACUUUGAGAGAAACGUUACUGUGAAGACCAACUUGAACGGGGACUGUCGCGUAUUUCGGGGCAGCCUCUCUUCCAUCACCGGGCGGCAUCCUCCCGGGUCAGAUCCGGCGGAGCAGCAGUGCCUCAUCCCCGAGGCGGGCGUCAGAGAGAGUUACCCCGGUGAGCACAGCCCCGGGGCCCAGCAGCGAGCAACGGGUGGUCUGAGCGGCGUAGCCGGGCAAGGAUAUGUGUUUGACCAGACGAGUUUUAUUAAGUUGGAGGGCACCGAGCAAAUCAUACCUGAGGACGACCGGCUGUACCAAGCCGGCUUCAUGCACCGGCAGUUUGGGGCGAUGCUCCAACCGGGUGUCAACAAGUUCUCCCUGCGGAUGUUGGGGAGUGAGAGGGCCGUGGAGCAUGAGAGGGAGCGAGUAAAGUCUGCUGGCUUCUGGAUAAUCCAUCCGUACAGUGAUUUUAGGUUCUACUGGGAUCUGACCAUGCUGCUGCUGAUGGUGGGGAACCUCAUCAUCAUCCCUGUGGGCAUCACCUUCUUCAAGGACGAGCACACGCCGCCCUGGAUCGUCUUUAACGUGGUCUCGGACACCUUCUUCCUCAUGGACCUGGUCCUCAACUUCCGCACGGGGAUCGUCAAGGAGGACAACACGGAGAUCAUCCUCGACCCGCAUCAGAUUAAGGUCAAAUACCUGAAGACCUGGUUUGUGGUGGAUUUCAUCUCGUCCAUACCCGUGGACUACAUCUUUCUCAUCGUGGAGACACGCAUCGACUCAGACUUUUACAAGACGGCCCGAGCCCUGAGGAUUGUCCGGUUCACCAAGAUCCUCAGUCUGCUGCGGCUGCUGCGCCUCUCCAGACUCAUCCGCUACAUCCACCAGUGGGAAGAGGUUUUCCAUAUGACCUAUGACUUGGCCAGCGCCAUGGUGCGCAUCAUGAACCUGAUCGGUAUGAUGCUGCUGCUGUGUCACUGGGAUGGCUGUCUGCAGUUCCUGGUUCCCAUGCUGCAGGACUUCCCUGCUGACUGCUGGGUCACUAGAAACAAGAUGGUGAAUGACACUUGGGGUCAGCAAUACUCCUACGCCCUGUUCAAGGCCAUGAGUCACAUGCUGUGCAUCGGGUACGGCCUGUACCCCCCUAUCGGCAUGGCUGACGUGUGGCUCACCAUCCUCAGCAUGAUUGUGGGCGCAACCUGCUUUGCCAUGUUUGUGGGGCAUGCCACUGCACUCAUUCAGUCUCUGGACUCCUCCAGGAGGCAGUACCAAGAAAAGUAUAAGCAGGUGGAGCAGUACAUGUCCUUCCACAAGCUCCCUGCCAACAUGCGGCAGAGGAUCCACGAAUACUACGAACACCGUUAUCAGGGCAAGAUGUUUGACGAGGAAAGCAUUUUGGAGGAGCUGAAUGAGCCGCUGCGAGAGGAGAUCAUCAACUUUAACUGUCGCAAACUGGUGGCCUCCAUGCCUCUUUUCGCCAACGCUGAUCCGACCUUUGUCACCUCCAUGCUGACCAAACUGCGCUUCGAGGUCUUCCAGCCGGCCGACUACAUCAUCAGAGAGGGAACCAUCGGCAAGAAGAUGUACUUCAUCCAGCACGGUGUCGUCAGUGUCCUGACCAAGAACAGCAAUGCCACCAAGCUGUCUGAUGGCUCUUAUUUUGGAGAGAUCUGCCUGCUCACCCGAGGCAGGAGGACGGCCAGCGUGCGAGCCGAAAACUACUGUCGGCUGUACUCUCUGUCGGUGGACAACUUCAACGAGGUGCUGGAGGAGUAUCCCAUGAUGAGGAGGGCCUUUGAGACCGUGGCUCUCGACCGCCUGGACCGCAUCGGGAAGAGGAACUCUGUUCUGCAGAAUAAAGUCCAGCAUCACCAAAGUGCUGGCACUUUAAACUUCCAAGAGACCGAGAUCAUCCAAAGAAUAGUGCAACAUGACCGUGACAUGGCCCAAUGCACGGAGCUGAUCCAGACCAGCCCACAGAGCCUUCACCUUCUCCCCGCUCCCCCAUCACCCACCCCGAUCAUCUGGGCCCCACUGAUUCAGGCCCCGCUUCAGGCUGCUGCUGCCACCACCCCGCUGGCUCUGGCCUUAGCCCACCACUCCCAGCUGCCCUCCAUCCUCUUCCACCAUCCUCUGGCUCCAGGCUCCCUGAAGGACCCCAUCGGCCAUCCAAAGAAAGUCCAUGUUGGAGCGAACAUGACCAGUAGCUGUGGUUCAGGGCCCAGUUCUCCCGUCAGUUCCAACAAAAUCAGAUCGGGGAUUGAGACUCCCACAUUGGCGUCACUCAGGGCACAGCAUCUCGCAGCUGGGCCUGUGUCACCCACACUGCAGUCCCAGCCUGUCUUCACCAGCAGCCUGCAGCCUCUGGCCCCUCUGCCCUCACACCAUCUCCCACACCACCCUCCCUACUCUGGCAUGGCCUCAGUCUUCCCCAUCGCCCAGACCACUGUCUCCUACACCUGCUCUGCCCAGCUCCACUCUCAGCCCUUCUACGGUCCAAUGACCACCCCACCACACCCGAUAGGUUUACUCCAGCAGGGGGCGCCGGGUAGGCUAGCAGUGAGAUUCCCAACCCCCUCUUUCUCCACCAUAAGCCCUCUCAUCUCCAGCUCAGUCAACCCCAUACUAAGCCAUCUGCAGCAGCCCUCUCACGCCACCGUGCAGCAGAUGGGGUACAGUCAUGACAGAGCAGGCAGGACAUCCAGUGGUCUGAACCUCACACAUUUUCCCUUCAUCACCAGCACUCAGUCCCCCACUGGAUUUAUUCAGCCAGGGUCUGCAGUUGUAGCUGGGGCCGCAUCCUCCCUGGCGCAGCAAAGCCUUGCAGGUCUCCAGUCUGUUUUCCUCCCCCAGGUUCUCGCCGAGCACUCGGCCCUCGCCUCCCUGGCCCAGUAUGGCUCUGCCGAAGCUUCGCCCUGCUACACACCUCCAGUCCAUAGUCCUAGCAUACAGAGCCCUGUGAGGGGAAGGACAGUUUACCACAGUGAGCUCCCCAGCGCUGUGGGCUCUCAUAGCCCUCUAAUCCUUCAGACCUCAUGCCCUGCCAGGGUGGCCUGUACACUCAAUGAGAGGGCCGAGUCCUCGGUGGAUCUCUUUACCCAGGAUAUAAAGACUAUCUCAGGCUCUUACAGCUCUUUACACCAGGAAAGGCCUUUGGCCAUGAGCGGCUCCUCAGAAGGGGUAGCAGGAGGAACCAGCCCCUUCUCCUCCCCCAUGGCUGUCAGCAAACCCUACAGCCCAAUCCUGGGUCAAGUUGCUCCUGUCAGUCGGACACAUUCAGGGCCUGAACCUCAGAACCAGUCCGUUGGUGUUCACUCUUCCCAGGCUAGAUCCCCUGCUAAGAUCUUAGAGACCGAACACAAGCAGUCCAAGCUUCCAUCUAACUUGUGAGGUUCAGACACACCCUCCUUUAAUGCCUGAACAAAAGGAAGGUCACCUCCUUAUUGGCAUUGUUUUAACCACUACUUUGUCAAAUUUUAGAGUAGGAGGGUGUGUUAUUUUAGACUGGAGAUUGGUGAUUUAAUUUUUAAUCAGACUGAAUGGAUCGGGGAUAAUCAUGGACAAUGAUGGAUAUUUUUUCUACAGGAUAUUACAUCUUUGAAUAUAGUAAUACAAUCCAAAAACCUAUUGAUGGAUAUAUAUAGCACCUCAUUAAAAUAUAAAUUGUUCUGUGUAUUAUAUUAUAACCACACUUUGUUAAUAAGUAUUUUGUUUGAACCCCAUUGUUUAGCCAAUUUUGUGUAACCUUUUAGCUACACCCGUUUAGUUGAACAUUUGUCCACAGCUGUAUCCCGUUAUGAUUGAAACCAAAAACGAUUGUCCUCAUUUAUGUCUUUUCCCACCACCGAGUGUGUCGUGUGAAUGCAAAGUUACUAAGAGAUUAGAGGAUAGAGAGACGGUGCACUUUGCUUGUUUCAGAGAUCACCUAACAUAAUGGUUUGAUGACGCCAUGUCUUCCAAGAUAGCUUUUCAGCAAUAUUGCACGCCCAAAUGGGUCACACAAAUCAGAUCACACUCAAAAAUAAAAAAAACUGAAGUAAUGAAUGUAAUGUAAUGUUUGUCUGUCUGAGUGGGAGAAGUAGGAUUAAUUCAUGAAUGUGUUGAACUCGAGGGCGUUUACAGUGUUCUGUAGAGAACUGGAAGGUGCAACCAGUUUAAGAGACAACACACAUUUCCACAGCCGCUCCGAGACGCACCACUGAUGCCAACUAAUUUCAGGCUGACACUAACUUCGGUACAGAACAUUUGUUUGUGUGCCAUCAGCAUAGUAUGCAAUAAUCUGUGUUUUUUUAUAGGUGUACAAAGGUACUGUGAAUAGAAGCACUUGAGUCAAUGAGGGAGAUUCUGUUUUGAGUUAGAACAGAUUAAAACAAGGGAAUUCAAUGGAAUAAAAGCAAUCGUGCAUAAUCAAACAUCCUGAAACCAGCAAUGCACUAAGACUGAUCUGAAUGUUUCUUGCACCAGUCAAAGGGCUAAAAGCAGUUACUUGGGCACGUGGUUACCGAGAAGCCCUGAUGGGUCACAUAUUGCUGCAUAUUUACCUCUUUCAUUUUAUAUUAUUUGAUUGUAAGAUUUGACAUCUGUUGUUUAACAAUUGCUGCUUUGUGAUGCUAUGCUGAAUCAAUAAGACAUGUAUCACAGACUGCUUUUUUAAAACCAGACUCUUAAAUCCUUCUUGUUAAUAAGUUCAUGUGUUUAGAUGAUACCCUUUUUUUCUCUCUGUGUGGACCUGUUGCCGGCGAGGAACUGUGUACAGGUCAAACCAUCGGAGGAUCCUGUCCAGUGGCUUUAGCUGCCUGGUUAUUGAACCUGAGGUAUGCUGUGACUCUGACCCCCCCGAGGGAAGAGAGAUACUAUCAGUCACUAGCCAGUCACUGCCGAUGGGCUGGAUCAAUUCCUCAUGACUAUUCUCCUCUAACUCCGCACCACCACACCGCCUGCCAGAGGCAUCAGCUCGGGUUGAGUGUGAGUGCUAGUUUGAGUGCAUUCAAUUUGUGUAGGAGAGGACGUGUCAUUCAUUUAUUUAUAUAUUCAUUUCUCAUUUUGCUGCCUUUCAACCAACAAAUGUGAGGAAUCCACCACCUAUGUAUGUUAGGCAUAUUUUAUUUUAGCUACUAAAUUCAGUGCAAUAAAAUAACAUG